CCCCCUCCGCAUCGUCAGUCCCCUGAUCCCCUCUGUUUCCGCUGACGGACCAAAACCCUAAUGGCUUCCCGCCUCCUCCACCUGCGCCGCCUCCUCCCGGCCGCGCGCCCGUCCUACGCCGCCGCGUUCUCCACCGCCGUCACCCCGACCCCGCGGGUCUCCGGCCUCGUCGACGAGAUCUGCGGCCUCAACCUCAUCGAGGCCUCCUCCCUCGCGGAUGCCCUCCGCGGCCGCCUCGGCGUCGACCAGCUCCCUCCCCUAGCCAUCCUCAUGGGCGGCGCAGCCCCUCUGGCCGCAGACGGCGCUGGCGCGGCCGGCGAGGAAGCAAAGCCCAAGGAGGAAAAGAUGGCGUUCGACGUGAAGCUGGAGGGGUUCGACGCCGCGGCCAAGCUUAAGAUCAUCAAGGAGCUGAGGGCGAUCACGAGCUUGGGCCUGAAGGAGGCCAAGGAGCUCGUGGAGAAGGCGCCGGCCGUGCUCAAGGCCGGGGUGCCCAAGGAGGAGGCCGAGAGCAUCGCCGAGAAGAUGCGGGCGCUGGGCGCCAAGAUUGUCCUCGAGUGAGGGGACGAGAUCUCUGUAUGCCCUUCGUUUCUUGAUUUCUUUCUGUUCAUUGUACGAAGGAAAAAAGAGAAAUUUUGGAACUAAAGCAGUUAAUAAUUUAACGAGAUUGACUCUA